AAACAGUCAGCUCCAGGCCCUUCUCCUCAAGUAUCGACAAAAGACACAGACGGUGACGGCUCCCCGUCCACAAAGUCCAGCGUGAAUCCUGCGGGCAGUUAGCUCCAGGUUCCCAUAACAUGAAGACCAGAUGCCUUAUGAUGAGAUCAUCCAAGUCUGUGAAAGUCAAAAAAGAAGCUGCCACCUGCAGAUCAGAGUAUACAGCCAAGAAUAGCAAAGUAACUCUCCGGCCCUUUACCAGCCCACAAGAUCUGGCUUUAAGGACUACCUCAGUCAAAGGCCAAGAGAGAGAUUCCAAUGGCUUUGCAGUAGUCACAAUUAAAAAGAAAUCGUCCAAGCCCACAACAUAUUUGCCGCAGAGACAAACGUGGUCAAGAGAGCCGGAGAGAGCACAGUUACAGGGACUGGGCCUAGAGAGGAGCAGGGCCCUGGUGGGCGGCACAUUGAGCCACACAGACACGUCGAACUGGUGCUCUUCCCUGUCUGCUCGGGACACGUCACUCACCGCCUUCACAGAGGAUGAGGAGGAGCAGUUUACUGUGCCAAAGUCAGUGGGCAAGGUGGUAUGCCAGCAGCUGGAUCAUGGGAAUGUUGUACGUGUGUGCACCAGCCGCUCAAUAAGAAAUGAGGAGUUUUCAGCGAUUGAUGUGGAGAGAGAGGAUGAGGCCUCAAAUGAAUUAGCGCCUCUAAGUUUUUUAGAUGAGCUGGAGAGAAAAGGAGCAAAAAUACUAACCCCCCGGUCUCUGUCAGCCUACACCCCACUUCCAAUCGUCAGUGAGACAUACCCAGUGUUGUGCGGCAAAGAUGAAUACAUGCACAGACCAUUCAGUUCAUCAGGCUUCCACACCCUCAGCUCGUCUCAGCGCCCCACCAGCAGGACUAUCCACACUGCCAUCGUGCACAUCACCGAGUCGCUCCAGGCUGAGGCCAUAGUGAGGAAGCGGAGAGAGAGAGAGAAGGCAAAGAGGCUGGAGGCUGAGGCCUUGCAGAACAAGAUUUGUCAGACACACACUGUGAGCUUCAAAGUUCUCCCCUCUGAGAGAACCACUGCUAAAGACACAGACCUUGGAUCAGGGAGUCACAAGAACCUGUCAGCCCCCCCAACCACUCCACCCCCUAGUGCUAAGUCCCCUUGUGAACUCCCAAAGGCCACCAGCAUAUGGACACUAGCGACCCCCACACAGAGGCAGGGCUCCUCCAAAGCAGUGGGGCCAGUGGUAAAUGGAUUGAACCCAAAUAAAGCUGACACUCCUGUCAGCACAAAAGAAUCGUUUAGACCCCUACUGACUCUAUCAAAGAAGACUCUCACUCUGUCCACCUGUAAUAACAUUCACAGAGGGCCAACCAACAGCCAGAGAAACAAAAGGAACUUCCUGUUCAUCUCCAGGCACCAGGCAAACAACAUGAGGAACAUGACACAGGUUGUUUCCUCCAAGCGACAGCCCAACAAGGAGCCCCAGUCACACUCUGUCUCUUUUGGAGCUGUGGAAGAUCGUUCACAACGAGCAACAAAUAGUCCCUUUAACCAGGAGCAAGUCAUAAACAUCCCAACUGCGGACAGUUUGCCCUAAUAUGACUUGACAGUGCAUCCUCUUGGAAUUACAUAUGUAAACACGUUGUUGUAUGCUUCAUUUAACCCUCCUAUUAUCUUUGGGGUCAGUUUGACCCCAUUCUGUGCCUGUAAAUACAUGAUUAAGAUACCUUUUUUCUUCAUAUUUCCUGACUUUUCCUAAUUCCAUGGGGACAAGUGGACAAACAUAAAACUAACCUGAGGAUGUUUUCAAUGUCCUGUACACAUUUUGUAUGCAUUAGUUUCUUUGGGGUCUUUUUACUAUA